AUGUCUCGCUCUCGCAUGCCCGUCGUUCUCGGUACCGCCGUCGUCGCCGGUGCCGGCUACUAUCUCUACAGCGCAGGCGGCAAUGCCAAGGUGGCCGAAGCCAAGCUCGAGUCCGAUCUUCGGUCUGUUCGCGACAGUGCCACCGCCAGCGGCCAGCAGGCGCACACAGAGGCGCAGAACUUUGGCGCCCAGGCUGGGGCCAAGGUCGACGAGGCCCGAAACAAGGCAGGCCAGCAGUAUGCCCGCGUCACGGCUGAGGCCCGCGAGGCUGCCGACAACGCGGCCAAAAAGGCCGAGGCCUACGCAAAGGACGCGCAGGCCCGCAUCAACCAGGGCGCCGACGUCUUUGACAAAAAGGUCGAGGAGACUGCGGCCAAGACGAAGAGCAACGUGUCUAGCUGGUUUGGGGGGAAGUAG